AUCCACGGCGAGGAGACCGCCAAAUGCCCUGCAAGAUGAAGCUUUGGUGUUCAUGUGAUUCCGUAGCUUCAAUCCAAGACAGGCCAGACGAUGUCACAUCUGUAAGUUUCAAUUAAAUAGCAGCAUUUAUUGACGGAACAGCUUUUUGUGGAAUCUGAAGAUCGAGAGAUAACUUAAUCCAUUCAAAGUCCUACAAGACCCACACUAUUAAACAAGCCCCUAAAAUCCCUGCUUUGUUCCUCUUCUCCACGCCAAAUCUUCCCUCCUCCUCCUCCUCCUUCGUCUUUCGUCGGUUCUUGGAGAAGGAAUUGCGGCGGCGCAUGGAGGGAGAGAGCUUCUCGGGGAUCGGCAAUGGCGGGCAAUUGGAGAGCAAUAAGGUGCUGCAAGGCCUCCAGAAGAGCUUCGUGCAGGCGCAGAGCAUACUGGACCAGAACAGGUUGCUGAUCAACGAGAUCAACCAGAACCACGAGUCCGGGGCCGCCGGCAACCUGGGCCGCAACGUGGGGCUCAUCCGGGAGCUCAACGACAACAUCCGCCGCGUCGCCGACGUCUACGCUGACCUGUCCGCGUCGUUCGUGAAGUCGGCGGAGGCCUCGUCGGAGGGCGAGUCCUCCCGCGCCGCCGGCAGGCCAGGGCACAAGAGGAACAGGCCUUUGCAGGGCUGAGCUGUGCUGCGGCUUGCCUCGCCACGAAACGUGUCCGUGUUUAAUUUUCACAAAAAUUAAUAAAAAUACUGGUUUGAAUGAGAAGAAAACUGCAGUUUUAUGGAAUCUCAAGAAAUGUGUUCAUGUUCUUGAA